UUUUUUUUUUCUUUAUUUUUUUGAGACAGGGUCUCACUCCAUCUCCCAGGCUGGAGUGCAGUGGUACAAUCAUGGCUCACUGCAGCCUUGAGUUCCUGAGCUCAAUCAAUCCUACCUCAGCUUCCUAAGUAGCUGGGACUCUUGGCAUGAGCCACUGCACCUAGCUAAUUUUUUAAAAUUUUUAUAGAUACAGGCUCUUGCUGUGUUGGCCAGGCCGGUCUCAAACUCCUGAGCUCAAGUGAUCCUCCUGUCUUGACUUCCCAAAGUGCUAGGAUUACAGGCAUGAGCCACCAUGCCUGGCGGGUUUUAAAGUGAGCUGGCUGGACGACUUGGCCUUCACUGUCUUUUCUCAUUCUUGUGUUCCACAGUUCUGUAGACUCUGGAUGUAAUAAAAAAUGAAUCCAAUGUGCUAAGUAGAGAUCACUCUGGGUGGGAGCCAGAGACAAGUCGCAGGCAGCUCUGGACAAGCCUUUCACAUUCUCAGGAGUUCCAUUUCUUCUGUGUAUUAACAGGGAAGAAUGCGCCCUACCUGGCCCUGGCUAACUCACAGGCUAGUGGCUAGGUAAAAUGGGAUAAUAAAUGUGGAGAUACUUGGGAAGUGAGUAAUUGUAACAGACAGCUUGGAGUAGGGCACCAGCACCCAGGUCCCACUUCAGGAUCAAGGCACUUGUUCCCCAGCUGUGGGAUUGUUGGCUGCUGAGGACUCACGGCUGGUUGAUGACUGGCUGAUGGGGGCUAGGAGUGGGGAUGAAGACCUGGACCCCUUGCCUCAAUUCUUUUGCCCCCAUUCCUACUUCCCUUACUCCUCAUAGCUGUUGUUCCAGGAGUGCUCACCAAGAAACCUUUAGUAUGCAAAUCUCAGCGUCUCGGAGUCUAUUUUGUGGGGUACCUAACUGACGAAAGCAAUACUGCAGUAUUUUUUGGGGGAAGGGAAGACAAGGUCUGGCUCUGCCUCCCAGGCUGGAGUGCAGUGGCAUGGCACAAUCAUAGCUCACUGCAACAUCAAACUCCUGGUCUCAAAUGAUCCUCCUGCUUCAGCCUCCCAAGUAGCUGGGACUAUAGAUGUGUGCCACCACAACCGGCUAAUUUAUUUAAAUUUUUUAUAAAAAUGAGGUCCUGCUACAUUGCUUAGGCUGGUUACAAACUAUGGGGCUCAAGACAUCCUCCCACCUCAGCCUCCCAAAGUGCUGGGAUUAUACGUGUGAGCCAUCACACCUGGCUAGUUGUUUGUUUUUUGUUUUUUGUUUUUGAGAUGGAGUUUCACUCUUGUUGGCCAGGCUGGAGUGCAAUGGCACGAUCUCCACUCACCGCAACCUCUGCCUCCCAGGUUCAAGCGAUUCUCCUGCCUCAGCCUCCUGAGUAGCUGGGAUUACAGGUGCCCGACACCACGCCUGGCUAAUUUUGUAUUUUUAGUAGAGAUGGGAUUUCACCAUGUUGGGCAGGCUGGUCUCGAACUCCUGACCUCAGGCGAUCCGGCCACCUCAGCCUUCCAAAGUGCUGGGAUUACAGGCGUGAGCCACCGCACCCGGCCUUGGCUAGUAUUUUUUAAAUAAUUCAUAUAUAUUUGAUUUAAAUCUCACAGCCAACAGCACAUGACUUAGUAGCCAGUUCUGAUCCAACAUCCACCAUUGGGAUGGAACCCCUCAGGUGACAUAACAAUGUCUAGGAUUCUGUUUGUGCUGUUGUUAUUCUGCCUGCCAUGGGCAUUCAGUACAGCUGCUCAUCAUACUGGACUAAUCAGGUCAAGGACAUGGGGCUUCACUCUAGGUAACUCAGCUGACGUCUUCAUUAUAAAACCACACAUUUUCCUCUGACUCUGGGUAAUGACCUGCAUAUAUAAGCUGUUAGUCAUAAGGGCUGGAUGGGGCAGCAUCUCAAUCAUAUAGGGCACAGGACAAACCUCAGUAUCACCAGCAAGAAUCCAUUACAGUUCAACAUGUAACCUCGGGCGCGGGGGAGGCUCGGCGGACCUGCUGAUUGGGAACCGAUAUGGCGGCGACUCUGGGCAGCGGGGAGCGCUGGACGGAAGCUUACAUUGAUGCAGUUAGAAGAAACAAAUACCCAGAAGACACACCUCCUGAGAGUCAUGACCCCUGUGGCUGCUGUAACUGCAUGAAGGCACAAAAGGAAAAGAAGUCUGAGAAUGAGUGGACUCAGACCCAGCAGGGUGAGGGGAACUCCACGUAUAGUGAGGAACAGCUGCUUGGGGUACAAAGGAUCAAGAAAUGCAGAAAUUACUAUGAAAUUCUGGGAGUUUCUCGAGAUGCCAGUGACGAAGAGCUUAAGAAAGCUUACAGAAAACUCGCCCUGAAAUUUCACCCUGACAAGAACUGUGCUCCUGGAGCAACAGAUGCUUUCAAAGCAAUAGGAAAUGCAUUUGCGGUCCUGAGCAAUCCUGAUAAGAGACUUCGCUAUGAUGAAUACGGAGAUGAACAGGUGACUUUCACUGCCCCUCGAGCCAGACCUUAUAAUUAUUACAGGGAUUUUGAAGCUGACAUCACUCCAGAAGAGCUGUUUAACGUCUUCUUUGGAGGACAUUUUCCUACAGGAAAUAUUCAUAUGUUUUCAAAUGUGACAGAUGACACUCACUAUUACCGUCGACGGCACCGACAUGAGAGGACACAGACUCAGAAGGAGGAGGAAGAAGAGAAACCUCAGACUACGUAUUCUGCAUUUAUUCAGCUACUUCCAGUUCUUGUGAUUGUGAUUAUAUCUGUCAUUACUCAGCUGCUGGCUACUAAUCCCCCAUAUAGUCUGUUCUAUAAAUCGACCUUGGGCUACACCAUUUCUAGAGAAACUCAGAACCUGCAGGUGCCUUACUUUGUGGAUAAAAACUUUGACAAGGCCUACAGAGGAGCUUCUCUGCAUGACCUGGAGAAAACAAUAGAGAAGGAUUACAUUGAUUAUAUCCAGACUAGUUGUUGGAAGGAGAAACAACAAAAGUCAGAGCUGACAAAUUUGGCAGGAUUAUACAGAGAUGAACGAUUGAAACAGAAAGCAGAGUCGCUGAAACUUGAAAACUGUGAGAAACUUUCCAAACUCAUUGGCCUACGCAGAGGUGGCUGAGAGAAUAAUGGUCCUACGCAGGGCUGGGGUUUUGCUACUUGUUCCUAUUUACGUUCCUGAUUCCAUUUUAUAAUACAAAAUUAGGUAAUGAUGAACACUUUACUAUUUGCUAACUUCGUUGGUUGGGCAGCGUGGCAGGAACAUGGGCACGAGAGCCAGACGUGUCUUCACAGGAUCAUUCCUGGGGAGUGGCUCCAGGGGCCAGGAGUAGUUCAUCUAAGUUAAAUUAAUGGCAAGGCAUUGGAUUCCAUCUCCCUGCUCCAUGCCUACCCUGCCUAUGUGAAUGGAGUUCAGGGCAUCCCAGAGCAGAUCCAUGUUUUCUUCCUUCUUCCCUUCUUCAGUGAAGUCUUAAGAACCAGGCAUUCCUAGGCUUAGCCAAAGCUUAAUAUUAGUUAUUUACACUGUCUACCAAGAAUUAUACCUCUCCCUUCAUUAGAGUCAUCAUCUCCACCAAGAUUUAGCCUUUGGAACAUGUUCCUGCCCAGCUUUCCAUUUUCUAGGGGAAUAUGGAGAAAUUUAAACUAUUGUAGUCAAUAGUUUUCUAUUAUUCCAAUCUCUGCUCAGUUAGUAGCAUUAGCAAACUGCCUGAUUUGAGAUUCCUUUAUUUCCUUAACCCUUUCUCUUUUAGAGAGUCCAGAAAUUAAAACUACUGAGCAGCAUCUGGAGGCAGGGGCCGAGGUGAAGGUAUAAUGCAAGACCGAGCCUCAUCUUCUCCACGAAGCCUCCCUACUCCAUCAUAGAACCCAGAGAAUGUCCCUUCGGUCAUUUCCCCUCAGUAUCAUCAUUGGUGUCAUUGCACUUGGGCUGAGUUCCUACAUCCCACAGAGGCAGAUGGCCAGACCCAGGAGGAGGCAUUGCCAGCUCUCCAGGCUGUUUGCUCAAGCCUAGAGGUAGAGGAGACAGAUCCUCUCUCCUUGGAUAUGGGGGUCUAGCAUUGGCCCCAGCAGCCACUUUGUUUAACCCAGUAUCCUAUAGCUCAUGAUUUGAGAUGCUUUUUCAUUCAUUCAACAUUUAUUGAGUGCCUACUAUAAAAGCAGGGGCUCUCACACAUAUUUUUUUACUUAAGCCUCCUCACAACUCUGAAGUAGAUGUAUUAUCCCUGGUUCUAUGAAUGAGAACAUUGGCCCAGAGAGGAUGACCCAGGUCAUACAGCUGGUAGUGGCACAGCAAGAUGGUAGGCUGAGUGUCAAGUAGAAAGUGGGAGAGCAUCCUCAUGUCUCAGGUGAUUCUAGCCAGACUGGCAAAGCAGAAACUUUCCCGAGGAUGCCUCUGUCCUCCCCAACCCCAUGACCCCUCAUCCUUUCUGUGGCAAUCCUGCAUCCGUUCAGGACAACAUCCCUGCUGCUCUUUAGGAAGCAGGACCCUGUCUAACAUAAAUUCUGUACACAAAAUAAGAGGUCCCUCACAGGCAGGCGGCCCUCCCACUGGUGACUAGGAAGAAUUCAGUCACUGCCUGGGCUGUGUGGUUCUGGGCCUUCCUGUGGAGCUGAGCUGCUUGAAUUAUCAUGACUCUGAACUUGGAAGGAUCAUUAAGUGACUGUAGCCUACACUCCAUGCUUCCUUCAUAUUGGAAGAAAAGUUUCUGGUAGAGAGUCGGCCGGGCGCAGUGGCUCAAACCUGUAAUCCCAGCACUUAGGGAGGCUGUGGCAGGUGGAUCACCUGAGGUCAGGAGUUCAAGACCAGCCUGGCCAACGCAGUGAAACCCCGUCUCUACUAAUAACACAAAAAUUAGCCAGGCGUGGUGGCACAUGCCUGUAGUCCCAGCUACUCGGGAGGCUGAGGCACAAGAAUCACUGCAACUUGCAAGGCGGAGGUUACAGUGAGCUGAGAUCACGCCACUGCACUCCAUCCUGGGCAACAAAGUGAGACUCCGUCUCAAAAAAAAGAAAAAAAAAGAGAGAGUCUACAUUAAACAGAUUCCAAAGUAAAGUUUCUUCAUCCCAAUGCAUGGCCAUGAUUUACACAGACGUGCCUAGCAUGGCUCAUCAACAUCUGAACAGUUGUUCCCUACCAUGCCUCUGCAGGCAUUCCACAGAGUCAGGAGAUGGGUUCACAGGUAAAGACUGGGGGCUUUAGUGCCUUGUAGGGGACAACUGCUCAGUUGUAGGGAGAGGGAGCAUUUCUAGAGAUAGCCAGAUUUUGCUGCCCAACUAGAUCUGUCCUCCUGGUUUUGGGGGGCCCUUCUUGAUACCCUCUGAGUGACUGAGGGAGGUUACAUUGUAAAAUAUGUCCAUGAGCCAAACAGGCUUAUGGAAAGUUCUUCACACAAAAAAAUCAAAGCUCUCCUCUCCCCAUCCCCAACCUCUGCUAGAAAAUUGGCCAUAAUGAGACUGACUUGACAGGUUAAAAGACCCUGUCCUAGAUGCCCAGGAAUCAGGUAGUCACACAUUUUAUGGACUUCAUGGCAGCGAUGAGUAAUCUGUGAUGAUACUAAAUAGAGGCAAUAAUAACUAACUCCAUUAAAUGUCAUGCUGAUUGUCUGUUUUUAUAGCACUGAUGAUACUGUUUUAUUUAUUGCCAAUAGACCACAACAUUCACAUCUGUUUUUCCUCAAGGGAACUGUAUUUGCUUUUAGUUGAAGGAUUUAUCUAUUUGAUACUAUCCAGAAUAUUGUUAAGCUAUAAUUUCCUGGGUUAUAUUUUAGAUGGGUUGUCUGCACGGUGGUAAAAUAAGCUUUUGCCUCUCGCCUACAUCCUUUGGAAGAUCUCCUGAUCAUACAUAACUAGGUAGGGCUUAUUCUUGCUGUCGGAGCUUGGCACCCAGCUCUAGACUGUUUCUUUGAGCAUUACUGCAGAUUGGAGACGUGUGUGAUAGGAGCAGGGCUCAGAAACAGGGCUUGAGGCUCAAGCAGAAACUGAAGCUCUCAUUCAAAUGAAGGUGCUGUCUCUACCACAUGAUCGGCAGUGAGGAAAGGAGGAUGAAAAUCCUUCUCAUCACAAAGAGCUUGAAGGAAUCCAUGUCCCCAGAUUAGCAACCCUAGAGUUCAUCUGCGCAAGCCGGGAAAUGUGUAAGCUUCCCUGAUCAGCUCCAGGACUCACAGCACGGGAGCAGUGACCAGUAAGGAAACGCCACUGCUGUGCUUUCUGUUGGAAAUUGCUAGAAAAUACAGUGAACUGGCCGGGCACAGUGGCUCAUGCCUGUAAUCCCAGCACUUUGAAAGGCUGAGGCAGGCAGAUCAUUUGAGGUCAGGAGUUCGAGACCAGCCUGGCCAACAUGGUGAAACCCCGUCUCUACUAAAAACACAAAAAUUAGGCGGGCAUGGUAGCAGGUGUCUGUAAUCCCAGCUCCUUGGGAGGCUGAGGCAGAAGAAUCGCUUGAGCCUGGGAGGCAGAGGUUGCAGUAAGCCGAGAUCACGUCAUUGCACUCCAGCCUGGGUGACAGGGCGAGACUCUGUCUCAAAAAAAAAAAAAAAGAAAAAAGAAAAAACAAAAUACAGUGAACUCCAGAUGCCACUGGAACACGGGUUCCAGCAGCCUGGCCAAGCUAUGUGUCAUUCUUUUUCCUCAUCAUACCCAGGACGGGCUUUGUGAGGAGGCACUGUGCAGUUCCAUUGGCUUUCUGUUACAGCUGGCCACACCACACAAGCAAGUGCAUCAUCUGCAUGCACUACUCCUCACAGGAGCUUGCACUUCAUUCAUAUUUAUUCUGCCCUCAUUUAAGGUGUAAGCUAGUGUCCUAAUAUAUUUAUUUUUGGAAAGGGCCAAGUUACAAAACAUCUUUUUGUUUGAGGCUGCACUGUUGAUAUGUCAUGCAGUGACCACCAAGAAAGUAUAUACUCGUGUUAGAUACUGAUUACAUCAUUUACAUCACGCUCAGUAUUUGGAAUUAAAGAUGUGAAUGUUCUGUGACCAGAGUAGGGAUGACACAAAUGGAAUCAGCUGCUAGUGGACUAAGAAUCUUGAAAAAAUCUGGCCACCUCAUCCACUACAUCUGGAUUGAGUGUAUUGCAACAAAGAAAAACAUUAAACAAUUUUAUAUUAAAAGAA